CCAAAAGCAAGAUAAACUGAUCUCUCCUCUGUCUACACAGCACUUGUAGAGAGACAACGCAGCUGUGUAAAUCAGAAGUAAAAUGUUAACAGUGAGUGAGGUGCUGGUAUUUUUUGUGCUGUCUCUGCUAUUAAUAGAGUUUCUGAAAUUGCAAUGGAUGCGAAGACAUCUUCCUCCUGGGCCAACUCCAUAUCCCUUCUUUGGAAAUCUGCUGCAGAUGAACUUCAAAAUUCAUCAUGAGCAUCUUAAAAAAAUGGCCAAAAUUCAUGGCAAUAUCUUCACCUUAUGGCUUUCAAACACUCCUGCAGUUGUCUUGCAAGGGUUUCAGGCAGUGAAGGAAGGUCUGACUGCCCAUGCUGAAGAUGUUGCUGGAAGGCCUGAAGAGAGAAUCUUUCAAUUUCUAACACGUGGAAAAGGUGUUUUGUUCUCUAAUGGUCAUCUCUGGAAGCAGCAGAGGCGUUUUGGAAUGGCAACAAUGAGGAAGAUGGGAUUAGGGAAAAAAGAGAAGGAUUAUCUACUGCAAGAGGAGGCUGCUGUCUUGGUGGAAUACUUACAGAAAACAAAUGGAAAACCUCUGGACCCCACUAUGCCUGUUGUUCAUAUGGUCGCAAAUGUCAUUUGUUCAAUGAUGUUUGGACAUCGUUUCUCCAGAGAUGAUGAGAAUUUUCACCGCCUGAUUGAGUCCUUUGACUACCUGGCAGCAUUUUUGAACAGUGUCUCCUUUUAUAUGUAUGAGUUGUCUCCCUGGCUUGCUGGUCUCUUUCUGCCAUCAGUUAAAAAGAUGAAGUCCUGCAGAGAGUUUUUGGAUGCUCUGUUUGUAAAGGAACUUGAAAGUCUCAAAGGAAAAAGAAACCUUGAUGAAAAUCGACAUUUUAUUGAUUACUAUUUGGAUGAGAUAGAUAAAACUAAAGGAGAUCCUGAUGCAACUUUUGAUGAAGAAAACUUGAUCCAGGUUGUUGCUGACCUCUUUGUAGCAGGCAUAGAAACUACAGUCACCACUUUACUGUGGGCAUUGCUCUAUAUGGUGAUUUAUCCUGACAUUCAAGAGAAAGUCCAGAAGGAGCUGGAUGCUGUUGUGGGUUGUUCCCAUGCGUUUUGCUAUGAGGACAGGAAAAGGUUGCCCUACACAAAUGCUGUAAUUCAUGAGAUCCAGAGAUACAGUAACAUACUCUUAAUUGCACUGCCCAGAAUGAGUGUGAAGGACACAGAGCUGCUGGGAUAUCGCAUUCCAAAGAACACAGUAGUUUUAGCAAAUAUUGACUCUGUUCUGGCUGAUCCUGGAAAAUGGGAGACACCCGAUCAGUUCAACCCAGGCCACUUUCUGGAUAAAGAUGGAAACUUUGUAAACAGAGAAGCAUUCUUACCAUUUGCUAUAGGGCACCGUGUGUGCAUGGGGGAGCUGUUGGCAAGGAUGGAGCUCUUUAUUGUCUUUUCCACCUUGCUACAAGCAUUCACAUUCACCCUGCCAGAAGGAGUGAAGGAAGUCAACACCAAGUUUGUUUUUGGGAGCACAAUGAAGCCUCCUCCCUACCAGCUCUGUGCCAUUCCUCGAUAGGAAAUGGCAGAUUCAGGGAAGAGUCACUCUGUAAAACUGCUUCUUUGUGAAUUCCUUCUUGCAUGUCCUAAGACUUUUGCUUUCCUCUUCAUUUGGUUAAUCACUACCCUGAAAGAUUCUUGACAGACAGUUGCAUCCUGAGCAUCAUAAUUAUAAAGGGUUGAUAUUUUGUUCUUUUUUUUUUUUUCUGUUUGGAAAAUAUUGGUAAAUUGUGUAACAAAUAAAGGCAUUAAGGGAAGAA